AGAUCUCAUUUUGACAGAACUAUGGAAAUGCUAAAUUUCACAGAUGUGACAGAAUUCAUUCUCUUGGGAUUAACCAGCCAAAAGGAAUUACAAGUUCUCUUCUUCGUCAUUUUCCUUGUGGUCUACAUUGUCACCAUGGUGGGCAAUAUUGGCAUGAUUAUGUUAAUUAAGGCCAGUCCCCAGCUUAAUAGCCCCAUGUAUUUUUUCCUUGGUCACUUGUCCUUCAUUGAUGUACUGUUUUCUUCCAAUGUCACCCCUAAGAUGUUGGAAAACUUGUUAUCAAAGACAAAAACCAUUUCCUAUGCAGGUUGUUUGGUGCAAUGUUUCCUCUUCAUUGCCCUUGUCCAUGUGGAAAUUUUUAUUCUUGCUGUGAUGGCCUUUGACAGAUACAUGGCAAUUGGGAAUCCUCUGCUGUACAGCAGCAAAAUGUCCAGGAUUGUCUGUAUUCGACUGAUUUCUUUCCCCUACGUGUAUGGCUCUCUGACUAGUCUGGCUGCAACAUUAUGGACUUAUGGCUUGUACUUCUGUGGGAAAAUUGAGAUCAACCACUUCUAUUGUGCAGAUCCACCACUCAUCAAAAUGGCCUGUGCAGGGACCUUUGUGAAAGAAUAUACCAUGCUCAUACUUGCAGGCAUUAACUUCACCUAUUCCCUGAUUGUCGUCAUCCUGUCUUACAUAUUCAUUCUCAUUGCCAUCCUAAGAAUGCACUCAGCAGAAGGAAGGAGAAAGGCCUUUUCUACCUGUGGAUCCCAUCUGACAGCUGUGGCCAUUUUUUAUGGUACUCUGAUCUUCAUGUAUCUCAGACGGCCCACCAAGGAGUCAGUGGAGCAAGGGAAGAUGGUGGCUGUGUUCUACACCACAGUGAUCCCCAUGUUGAAUCCCAUGAUCUACAGUCUGAGGAACAAGGAUGUGAAAGAAGCCAUGGACAAAGCCAUUAGCAGAGCAUGUCUCACAAAAUAAACCAAGAGAGUUAGGUUUGUUU